AUGGCAGAAAAUGUUAAUAAUUCAGAGUCAAUAAUACGAACAUGUGACAAUUAUUCAGAAUAUUGUCCUGGUUGUUAUCCAGUAUUUUCAUGGAAAUAUGUGUUAAAUUUAUUAUUAAAACUCGUCUUAUACAUAUUUGGUUAUUCAUUGUAUUCAAGAUUAUUAACAUUAUUAUUAAUAUUACAAGCAGCAGUUCUAUGGAUUGGUUAUUCAUUAAAUGUUGUUUUACAAUUAUUAUUUAUGCCAUUUUUACAUUCUAAUAAUAAAUCAUUAUCAGGAAUUAAUUUUAUAUUUUUUCUAUCAUGUUACUUUUUAUUACCUGGUAUUAUAUCAUUUUCAUCUCAUUAUUUUUGGUUUAUUAUACAAUUUGGUUUUCAUUGUUAUACAAAUGAAGAAAUUAAACGAGAACAAAUUUAUGAAGAGACAAAAUAUAAAUGUCAUUGUUGUUCUAAAGAUGGACAACAAAUAAAAUUAGUAGAUAAAAAAGAUGAUGACAAUAAUGAUGAUGCUUUAUUAUGUUUUCCACAGAAAAAGUUUACAUAUAUAUCUAUGAAAGAAAUUUAUCGUAUUAUUAUCACAUUUUGUACAACUAUUUAUAUUAUAUUUCGAAAAAUUUAUCUUUCUGAAGAUUUAUUAACUAGUUUAAUCAUAUCAUUAGGUCUUAUUCCAUUAGGAUUAAUGUGGUUUUUGCAUAUAAUGCAUUUAUUUGGUAUUUGUUCGUUCGUUAGAAAAAGUUAUUAUGCUAAAAUAGAUGAUAUCAAUAAUAAUAAUGAUAAUUUUAAAAGUCAAAUUGAUGAGAAUGAAAAAAAUUCAGAUAUACAAUAUUUUCGUAUCAUUCUAUUAUUUUCAUUCAUAAUGAUAGUAACUUUUAAUAAUCGACAAAUAAAUUUAAUGGGAUUAAAUAUACCACAUCAUGUAAUAGUACUUCUAUUAUUUUCUAUUUAUAUUUUACUAUAUAAUCAAACACCAAUAAAAAUUAUUCAUAUUGGUAUUGAUAAUAUAUGUUGUUGCUGUUAUAAUAAAAAAUCAAUUAUAGAAAAAAAUUUAUUUUAUAAACGUAAUUUUUUAGUAAAAUUAAUUGAAAGAAUUAUUCAAUCAUCAUUAACAAUGAAGAAAAAUAAACAAUUUCAUACAUAUAAAUUAUUUAUAUUGAGUAUUCUUUAUGCAAUGUUCUUAUCAUUACAUUAUAUGUUUACACAAUUUUCUAAUGAAAAAAAUACAUUAAUAAUGGGAAUCAUUGUAAAAUCGAUUCUCAUUCUACUUUGGUUACCACCUUUUUUUAAUGAAAAAACAAAUCAAGUGAUUUUAAAUAUACAAAUAAUUCUUGUACAAAUUUUAUUACUUUUAAUGUGUUUAACAUCGUUUGUGGGUGUUCUAGUUUUAUUAUAUUUUUAUGCAUUUAGAAGCUGGAUAGCUUUAAUUUGUUUACUUUUUUUAUUAGUUUAUACAAUUGUAUUAUUAGUCUAUUAUGUAGCACAUUGGGUAAAAUAUUCAUCAUCAACAAUUGCCCUAAUAAAGUGGAAAAAGAGUCAUGAAUCGAUAAGCAUUUACGUCCAUGCAUUUUCAGCAAUGUUUAUUAUACUUUCUUUAAUUGGAUUUUUUGGGUUUAGUUUUGGAAGUUCGGUUUAUGCAGAAACGAUGCAUAAUAAAGAUGACUCAUUGUUAAAUUAUAAAAAAUUAUCUGGUAAUUUUAAUACGUUUGACAAGGAUGAACAACAACAAUAUCAAAUGCAAGCAUGUUAUUGGAAAUUUAGUAAAUUUAAUAUACAAGAUAUGACCCUACUGGCUGCAUUAGCUUAUUUGCCAACAGAACAAUUAAAAUCAGAUAUAAAACAUUUUUAUCCAAAUAAUGAAUUCAUUUUUGAUGAGAAAUUUCAUAAUUGCAAAGAAUAUGGCCAUGGUGAAAUAACUUAUUAUACUCUAGAUACAUCAGAAGCAGUUAUUGUAGUUAUACGUGGUACAACAUUACUCUAUGAAUGGUUAAUUGAUUUUGAUAUAUGGACAGAAUCAUCAAUAAGUCAAAUGAUUUCAAUUUUAUUUCCAUGGUCAAGAUUAUAUCCUCGUGCUGUUCAUAAAAUAAUUGUGAAACAAAUGUCAUUAUUAGAAAAUUUCAUUAGUGAUAAUAGUAAUAAAUUAGAACAAUCAUCCAAACGUUUUUAUGUUAAACAAAUGAUUAAAAUCUUAGAACAGAUAAAUGAUAAAUAUAAGAAUAAAACAUUGAUAUUAAUUGGACAUUCACUUGGUGGUGGUCUGGCUAAACUAGCUGGUAUUGCAUUAAAUAAUACAGCAGUUAUUAUAUCAAUUAGUGGGCCGGGUGUAUCGUAUUCACGUGCUAAAUAUGAUGAAACGAAAAAUAUUCUCAUGGAUUCAAUUAAUCAACGUGUAUUUAAUAUUAUUCAUGACCGUGAUAUUGUUCCAUGGGCAGAUAAACAGGCUGGACUUAUUCAACAAAUAACGUGUCCAAAAGCAUAUAGCAGAUUACAAUGUCAUUCCAUAAAUCCAAUAUUCUGUCAUCUAUUGAAAAAUUGUGGAAAUCCAAGAAGAUUUAAAAUAAAUAAAGAAAUAUGUCAGCCAUAA